UACGUUUGAAAAAAAUAUUUAUACUAUUUAGCAGAUACAGACCACAAUGUAUGGACAGAAGGAUGGAGCGCGCUUUAACGGCAAAUUUACAAUAAUCUCUACAUCAGAAAUUAUAUGAGCACGAAGGUUACACAGAGCUGCUCGGACAGAUAAAUUAUUUGGUCCAUAUUUGUCCUCGGUUUCGCUUACUUGGCUUUCAACGCGUUAGGUUUCGUUUCUCCGGCUGGCUGUCUGUGUGUGUGCACUUGCUUUAAUCUCCGAGGAUGACCGAGCAUCACAGCUUCAAGUGGCGCAGCUCCGCAUCAUCGGACACAGCGUGACACACCGCCCACGCGGACUGUCCUGGAAUAUAAAUCGAGCCGUUUGUGAGAUUACCUCAAAUAUGCGGACGCAACAACCUGUGUUUCGAUGAGCGACAUAGCCAUAUUAUCCCGGACAUUGUCGUGUUUGAAUAACUUUGAACGUUCAGAUUUUUAAACAUGAUUAAGAAGCCAUUAUCUGUACUCUGCCAAAUUGGACUCGACUUCUUUGAGUUUUUGAAGGAAAAUGAACGAACUUCCAUCACUAACAGACUUGAACUCAGAGACAUUUACAACAAAGAGUUCAGGGACAGGAAUGCAGGGAUCAAAGAUCCAAACUUUGGUUCAGUCCUUCAUGCCCUGAAAGUCUCUAACAAAAUAAUAAGAAGAGGAGACACUAUUCGCUUCACUUCUUCGGUAAGAGAUCUGUAUCUGGACCAGUGGGACUCAUCCAGGGACCGCCAGCCGCAGCGGACCCAGAAUGGAGCGGCCAGUCCCGGGCCAGUACAGACUGUCACCUCAUCAGAAGAAGCAACGACGGGGGUUCGAGCCAGGAGGAAACUGGCCAGUCUAUUGGUGAACAAGCUCAAGACAAACAGGGCUCAGUUCAUCUCUGACAAACAUGGUGUCAGCAUCACAUCUGACCGUCAGUUUGAGGAUGGGACACUUUGCUUGUGUGUGGUAAACACAUAUGAGUACGUGGUAAAUCUGACUGUGGAAAACACGGGAACAGAACCUGUGUAUUUCACCUACUACACCCCGCUGCGCUGGCUCAAAUACUUCACUCUAAACGAUGAGCGCAAGGUGACCAAGACAAACCCUCUCACUCUAAACCCAGGUGAUGGCUAUGAAAUCCAGGUUCGAUUCCACUGCAGUUUGGUUGGUGUCUAUCCAGCCACACUGGCCUUUGAGUUUCAACCAGACCUGCACUCCACUCCAUUCCACAUUGUGCGCUUUAUUGAGGCUCAAUGUAUGACCUCCUUAGGACUGGAGCUGGCACCUGUAGCCCCUUACAAACCCCGCUCCCUUCCUGUCUUUAUCCCUGAAACUUGUUUCACGAUUGAGGAUGGGCAGCCACCUGAAAGGCUCUCUGAGAUGCACCUAAAAAAUGAAGUUAUGCUAAAAGCGUACAAAAUACUACCAUAUAUGUACGAGCUCAUCCAGUCACUGAAGAAGUGUACUCCUUACUCUGAUAGAAGAAUUGCCAAGUUACGAUGUCCCUUGAGCUGGGAGAACUACUCAGAGAAGUUCCAGCUGCUGCUUUAUCUGGAGGAGCUUCAGAUGGAGGUGGACAUCGGGAGAUACAACAUCCCCAACAAUGACAGAGAACACGCCUGCAUGGUCAGAGAUCGGAUCAACAAGAAACUUCUCAUUCUGGAGGUACCUGGUGUGUCUGAGAACCGUCCGUCUGUGCUGCGAGGCGAUCAGCUGCUUGUGUAUCCCGCAGGAGAGACAGGGGUGAAGUACCGCGGCUACGUCCACAGUGUGCAGCUGGACAGCAUCAAACUGGGCUUCAGCUCAAAAUUGCUGGAUCGCUUUGUAGAUGGGAUGAAGUUCAAUGUUGAGUUCACUGUCAACCGCCUGACUCUGCGUCUUCAGCACAGAGCAGCGGAGCUGGCAGCUACAUACAGACUGGGAGAGGUGUUGUUCCCUGCUGCACCCACAUCCUCCUCUCAGCCAUCUGAACUUCCCAAACUGAGGCUGUUUGACUCUCAGCUCGAGAGAAACCCGGAGCAGUUUCAAGCUGUGCAACAUAUUGUAGCUGGCUCAUCCAAACCUGCUCCUUAUCUGGUGUUUGGCCCUCCUGGCACAGGCAAAACGGUGACUCUGGUGGAGGCCAUCAAGCAGAUAGAGAAGACUCAGACCUCCUGCCACAUCCUGGCCUGCGCUCCCUCCAAUAGUGCUGCUGAUCUGCUCUGUGAGAAGAUUGUGGUCCACGUGGACAAGCGUAAAGUAUACCGCAUGUACGCCAGCAGCCGGGACCCAAAAUGUGUCCCUGAACAAUUAAAGGCAUGCUCUAACCUGGUAGGGGAGUGUUACGUUUAUCCUGCUAAAGAGGAGCUGAUGGAGUACAAGAUCCUGGUUACGACCCUGUUAACUGCUGGAAGGCUGGUCACAGGAAACAUUCCCACAGGACAUUUCACUCACGUGUUUGUGGAUGAGGCAGGACACGCUGUGGAGCCUGAAUGUUUAAUCCCGCUGGCAGGGCUGCUUCAUGCAGAGUCUGGUCAGGUUGUUCUAGCUGGGGACCCCAAGCAGCUCGGACCUAUUCUCAGAUCACCUUUUGCGCUGAAAUUCGGCAUGGGAGUGUCCCUCUUGGAGCGAAUGAUGAAUGACUUCACUCUGUACCAGAAGGAAGAGGGUGUGCUCAACAAGCGCUUUGUCACCAAACUGCUGCGCAACUACAGGUCCCAUCCUGCCAUUUUGAAGAUUCCCAACGAGCUCUUCUAUGACGGAGAGCUCCAGGUCUGUGCAGAUGAAUUUUUACGCAACUCCUACUGUAGAUGGGAAUACCUCCCGAAGAAGGACUUCCCAGUGAUUUUCCAUGGGGUGACAGGCAUCGAUGAGCGUGAGGCCAGCAGCCCUUCAUUCUUCAACAGAGCAGAGGCGGAGGUGCUGAUGGACUAUGUGAAGAAACUGCUGGAGACACAAGCAAAGAAGGGCCUGGCUACCAUCAAUCCCCGAGACAUAGGCAUCAUCGCCCCCUACCGGAAACAGGUGCAGAAAAUCCGUAAGGCCCUGGAAAAAGUUGGGAAAGACCUCAAACGUACGGACAUGGAUGACCUGAAGGUUGGUUCGGUGGAGGAGUUCCAAGGUCAGGAGAGGAGAGUGAUAUUGGUGUCUACAGUUCGGAGCAGCCGUGACUACACAGAGAUAGACAAACAGUUCAACCUCGGCUUUGUCAAGAAUGAGAAGAGGUUCAACGUGGCUGUGACUCGAGCUAAAGCCCUUCUGAUUGUGGUGGGAAACCCUAUAGUGCUGAACGCAGAUCCUGUCUGGGCCCGGUUCAUCCAGUACUGUAGAAAUGAGGGAGGCUACACUGGAUUUAUACAUGCAGAGGAAGAAGAAGACAUGGUGGCGAGACUUGCUGCCCUCUACAUCCAGAUCGAGGCUGAAGUGGAGACUGCCGAGAGCGUCGUCCAGCAGCACCUGGACCCCGAGUGGAGGAAUGACCUGUGAGGAAAAGGAGAACUCCUGUCCUGAACACUUGAAGGAACUGAUUAUGCUCUACAUUUGGUGUAUGUCACCACUUGAUACUUGAAGCAGAGGUUCAUGAAACGGUUUCAUUCACAUUUGUACUCAAAUUCUCCUAAAAGGGCUCAACGGCACCUUUCCAUCUGGAACACAGCCUUUAUUCAGAAAACAACAAUAACCAAUUACACAUGAAAAUAUCUUGUUAAUGUCAGUUUAUCUUUUUAAAACUUUACCAAAGACCAUGAAGGACAGGGAGUUGAUUCAUGUUCAGACAGUUUGUCUUGGGCUACCUCAGCGAGCUGCACUUUUCAAACUGUUUUACUUGACAUAGCUGCAAACGCUACUGUUAUCCAGCUCAGAUCACUCAGACAUCAACCUGAACCUCCAGUUUUAAACUUAUUUAUAUUGUUCUUUAAUAUGGAUUUAACAUCCAGUCUCAGGGUUAUCUAAUCGACACAUUUUGAGUUGGCAAAAUCUUGACUGUUCUUUUACAAUUUGAAUCAUGUAGGUUUAUGAUAAUGUAUUGAACCAGCUACACAGCAGGGUCCAUCUAUGUUUAGUGUCAAAUCUAUUUUUAAAUUGCACUUUUUAAUCAUAUUUACCAAAUUAAAAAUAUUUAUGGUCUAUA